GCCCCCGAGGCCCAGCGCCGUAGUCAAGGUGCCCUUCAGCAGGCCGGGGUCCCAGCCGCGCCGUUAAACCGCCGGGGCCGCGCGGGGACAAGGGCAGCGCCGCGCGCAGCGAACGCCACGCCCCCACGCGCUGUCGCCCGGCGUUCCUCUCCACCAAUCGGAGCCGCCCGUUCGGCCGCAGGUGGCGCCCGCAUCGCGCGAGGGACGGGACGGGGCGGAGCCGGCGCGCGCCUGAGCGGCGCAAGCUGUCCCACCGCCGCCCGGCCUCGCGCUCCGCUCCGCCCCGCCGCCGCCCGGCUGUGCCCCGUCCGCCCGGCCGGAAGGAUGUGCUCCCGGAAGUUCCGGGGCUGCCGCUGUGUGGGAUAAACAGUAAUGGCGGAGGCGGUGGCUCUGGGAACAACGGCCGGCGCCGCGGCGGCCGCGGCCUUUGAAGCAUCCGCCGCAGCGGCCGCGGGAGCGACGGCUGCGGCCUUCGACUUCGCAGCCGUGCCGCCAGACGCCGUGGGGCCGGGAGGAGGCGGCUGGACCAAGCAGGUCACUUGCAGAUAUUUCAUGCAUGGAGUUUGCAAGGAAGGGGACAACUGUCGCUACUCCCAUGAUCUCUCCACUGGUCAGUCUGCAAUGGUGUGCAGGUAUUAUCAACGAGGAUGCUGUGCUUAUGGAGAUCGUUGCAGAUAUGAACAUACCAAGCCACUGAAACAGGAAGAAAUGACUGAUGUGAAUCCAGAUGAAGAAAUUUAUGCCUCAGUGUCCUCGGACUUCGCAUCGCUCCCUGAAACAGUUGAAGAAUUUAUUGCUGAGAUAGAAGAUGAAAAUAUAGAUCUGGCAGCUGCAGGAGUAGGUGCUGAAGAUUGGGUGAAUGCUGUAGAGUUUGUCCCUGGGCAGCCAUACUGUGGACGUGCUGCUCCCUGCUGCGCUGAAGCACCCUUGGAGGAAAUGGUGAUUGAAGAAGAAUAUGAAAAGCAGGAGGUAGAUGUGGAGAUAAAGAAGGAGCUGUGCCCCUACGCUGCAGUAGGAGAAUGUCGUUAUGGAGAAAACUGCGUGUAUAUUCAUGGAGAUGUGUGUGAUAUGUGCGGACUGCAGGUCUUGCAUCCGAUUGAUGCUGCACAGAGAUCCCAGCACAUAAAGUCUUGCAUUGAAGCUCACGAGAAGGACAUGGAGCUUUCAUUUGCCGUCCAGCGUAGUAAAGACAUGGUGUGCGGGAUAUGCAUGGAGGUGGUGUAUGAGAAAGCUAAUCCUAGUGAGCGCCGCUUUGGGAUCCUCUCCAACUGCAGCCACACUUACUGUCUCAAGUGCAUCCGCAAGUGGAGGAGUGCUAAACAAUUUGAGAGCAAGAUUAUAAAGUCCUGCCCAGAAUGUCGGAUCACAUCUAACUUUGUCAUUCCAAGUGAGUACUGGGUGGAGGAGAAGGAAGAGAAGCAGAAACUCAUUCAGAAAUACAAGGAGGCAAUGAGCAACAAGCCAUGCAGGUAUUUUGACGAAGGCCGUGGGAGCUGCCCAUUUGGAGGGAACUGUUUUUACAAACAUGCGUAUCCUGAUGGCCGCCGAGAGGAGCCACAGAGACCCAAAGUGGGAACAUCAAGUAGAUACCGGGCCCAGCGGAGGAAUCGGUUCUGGGAGUUCAUCGAGGAGCGAGAGAACGGUGAUCCAUUUGAGACCGAUGAAGACGAGGUGGUGACCUUUGAGCUUGGUGAGAUGUUGCUUAUGCUGUUGGCAGCAGGAGGUGACGAUGAGCUAACGGAUUCCGAGGAUGAGUGGGACUUGUUUCAUGAUGAGCUGGAAGAUUAUUAUGAUUUGGAUCUAUAGCACCUGUCAGUGGAGUGUGGACUGUCGUCUUGGCUUCCGGCAGUAGCUAUUACCUGUGGUGUUGUGGCAGUGCCUGUGUUUCUCCUAGGCAGGCCGAUCAAUUCCAGGUGCUGUUGUAAUAACUUUUACCCAGGGUCUGUCUCUUCCCCUCCCAUCCCUUCCCACCCCAGGAGUGUUGUUUUUCCUCUGUUUAAACAAAUAACAAGAAAUAAAUCUUUAAAAUGUUAGUUUUUGUAAAAAUGAAUUUAACUGUCAAACAGUUAGCUUAGGUUUGUUGCUUCAUCUGUGUACCCAACAGAGUUCACCCAAUUCCAGGGUUAAAGUGUUUACAGGACUUCCACACUCAUUUUGAAGAGCCCAGAUACAAAAAUGAGCAGUGGCCAUGCAGUGGGGAUGUAAAUUGGCUGAUGGCCUUUUUUUCUGUCUUUGUACCAAUAUUUCUGAUUUCAGGCUAGAUACAAAUACUUUCUUUCUGGCAUCAGCUCUGUUCCAGCCCCCUCAUGUACACAUCUUCAUUUGUGAUUUUGGUCUCUUGUUUACUUGCACAUUACUAUUACUACUGUGUAACCAGAACCAGGUGUGAACGUUCUGGGUUUUUACUGUGUUUAGCAUGAAAGGAAAAUGUCGUUGUGAAAGGAGAACUCUCUAUGUGUAUAUACAGAUAAAUGCAGAGUUGGACCUCAAGGAUGAGGGGACUCUGUGUAAGUUAAAAAUAACAAAACCAUCUUUCAUCCCCUCUUGCUGCAUGAAAUCUAGCCUCUAAUUGGACAUGAAACUGGUUUAGUGGUCUCAGCCCAGCCUGUGGCGGUGAUCUUAACUGUUGCUUAACUCAAUUGAUGGCACUCCCUGAUAACACCAGCUCUCUUUUGUGUGGAUGAUUAGGGUUGUCCAGGAGCAGAAAUCCAGUUAGCCAGGGUGGGGUCAGAGUAACACCAGAGUGGCCCCUCUAGCUUUAUUGCUCUCUGAGUUUUAGAACUUGGUGUAACCACAUAAGCUGUGAGCUUUGCUAGGAAAUGGCUGUGCCUCUCAGCUGUUUUGAGGUACAUGUGCCUCUCAGCGUCUGAGUUGGGCAGGUUGCCUGGUGGAGCUGUUCAGCUUACGUGAGUUACUGCUUACAAAGGCAGUCAUGCAGUUUCUGGCUGUAAUUUGCAUUGAGAAAUUACUUUGCCACCAAAGCCCCAGCACAGGAAUUUUAACCUCGCAUUACGUUAUUGCUGUUUUUUAUUGACUUGUGGAUGCCCCGUGAUCUGUUCUCCUGCUGCUCUUGUCCCCUAGACUGCCUCUCCUUUCACUUUUAAAUGGAAUGAGAAAUUGUUCUGAGGUCUAUAACGUAUUGUUUUGCAGCUGCCUUUUGUAAGAAGCACUUUUCCCAAAUAAAAAAAAUCAAAAAAAGUGAAACAA